GUCCCUCCUGCUGACUCGCAGGCUGAGCCUAGGCUGUCCCUGCUAGGUCAUGUCACUGCUGUUGCUAACCCAACUGUACAGACCUGGAGUAUCUGUGAGGUGUUUUUGAGUGGAUUGAGCUGCUGCUGCUAACCUAUGAACUGAACUGCCAAUUUCCAGACAACGUAGACCAAAGUUGUUCCAAGGAACCUUUCUAAACAGGGAACACCAAUGCACACAUCCAUAUGAAGCAGUUUUCAAUGAGACGCGAUGGUGGACCAGCUUCAAGGAACAUGGAAAUCUGUUUCUUGUGAAAAUUUUGAAAACUACAUGAAGGAAUUGGGCGCAGGAAGAGCCAUCAGGAAGCUAGGCUGUCUGGCAAGGCCUGUAGUGACCAUCAGCACAGACGGAGAUCGGAUCACCAUCAAAACCAAAAGCAUCUUUAAGAACAAGGAGAUUUCCUUCAAGCUGGGAGAGGAGUUUGAGGAAAUCACACCAGGUGGCCGAAAAAGCAAGAGUACAGUAGUCUUAGAUAACGACUCCUUGGUUCAAGUUCAGGACUGGGAUGGCAAAGAAGCCACGAUCCGCAGGAGGCUGGUGGACGGGAAGAUGGUGGUGGAAAGUGCAGUGAAUAAUGUCACCUGUACUCGGACAUACCAGAGAGUUUAAGAACACUCCACCUCAAGGUCUCAGAGCUCUCAAAUUGUCACCCAAACCAAUGAUGCUGUUCCAAUAAAUCUCCCAAGUAAAAUCUUUGAAUGCUUGCAC